AUGAUUUCGGUAGAUUCGUCUUCACAUUUUUCUCAAUCAAUUGCAUUAGCUUACCUUGCUAAAACACUAGCCGCUGAGGAUAGUUUUGAGUACGCUGCCAUAUUUACUCUCGGAAAAGCGAGGUGCGAAGCCAAUGUCCAUAAUUAUCCCGGUGAGGCCUCUGCCUUAAUGGAAGCCGGUCGUCUCUUUUUAAAAGCAGAAGAAAAUCUUCAAAUCACAAAAACCCAUGGUUAUGAGAUUGAGCUAUUUCUCGAUGAUCUGCACCGAAUCGAGGUGUUUCGAGUACUCCUCGUUCUGACAGUUUUGCCCCCGAAAUCCGAGGAACUUGUGGGUGAUGGUCAGUUGUCUCUCCUCGCGUACACUGAUGAUGCCAAGGAAUCGGCUAAAACCUCUGUCAUCGAUUAUAUGGAUCGUGACUUAGUCCUUCUCCUCAGAUCCCUUGUUAUGUCAUAUCAGUUGGAAGAUGUCAAUGGCUUUGAGUUGACAGCCACCCUUCUACAACCGUAUGUCGAUUACGCCCAAAGGAAAGUUCUUUGUGAUAUACUUACUAACCUCAUUCACCCACCAGAUGACACCUUGUGA